AUGAAUAAAGCCCAACCGACCAUUCUUAUUGGUCAAGAUUACUGGUAUUUGAUCAUUACACGUGAAAUUCGCGGCUCGCACCAAAAGUUACCAGUAGCGUCAUGUACUUUAUUGGGGUGGGUAUUACACGGGCCCACAAAUUGUAUUAACAAACCAAAUUCUUCUUCUUUAUGUUUAAUGGAGUCCAACACACUCAUGCCCGAAAAGAAAAUAAUUGGCGAAAUAGAGGUAAUAGAGCAAAUGAUUAAGGAUUAUUUUUCAAUUGAUUCGUUAGGUGUACUUGCAAUAAAUAAAAUAAAUAAAGGCGAGGAGAAAGCUAAACAAAUAUUGCAAAAGACCAGUCGUCGCGUCGGAAAUUUUUGGGAAACUGGUCUUCUUUGGAAAAACAAUGACAGUCAACCUUUCGACGGAAAAAUAGUAGCUGAAAUACGAUUAAAGACUCUAGAAAGAAAAUUAGACAGCAAUCCUCAAUACGCCCUUGAAUAUUGUAAACAAAUGGAAAGAAUAAUUACAAAUUAUGCUAAGAGCGUGCCGUCAAAGUUAAAAGCAAAACGUGUUUGGUAUGUCCCACAUUUCGGUAUUAAAAAUCCAAAUAAACCUGAUAAAAAUCUUAGAAUAGUUUUUGAUUGUGCUUCUAAAACACAAGGGAUCAGUUAUAAUGAUCAAAUGUUAGCCGGUCCAGAUUUAUUAAAAUCAUUAUUGGGAGUUUUAAUGAGGUUUAGACAGCGUCCCAUUGGUAUUAAAGGCGAUAUUGUUGACAUGUUUCUUAGAAUAAAGGUCCGAGAGGAAGAUCAGCAUGCCCAACGUUUCUUGUGGCGUGAGAUGGAUAGGAAAAAUCCUCCAAAAGAAUAUAUGAUGUCUUCCUUGAUUUUUGGGUCUAAAUUAGCACCUUGUAGUGCUAUUUAUAUAAAAAACAAAAACGCAACAGAAUUUGUAGAUGUCAUGCCUAGUGCAGCCUCAGCAAUAAUAGAUAAUUCUUAUAUGGAUGACUUUAUCCAUAGUGUAGACUCAGACACAGAAGCCAUUAACAUAAUUAACCAAGUUUCCGAAAUUAAUUCUAAUGCUGGGUUUCAAAUGCACGAGUGGUCUAGUAAUAGUUCGAAAGUUUUAAGCUUCAUAAAACAAAAUAACGCUGAACAAACCGUUAACCUUACUUUAAAUAACCUUAAAAGUAAGGCUGAAAAAGUUCUUGGAUUACACUGGGAUACGAAGUCUGAUACGUUCACCUUCAAUUUAGGACUUGAUAAAAUUCCCUCAAAGUUGCUUAAAGAAUCUAAGGCCCCAACAAAACGAGAAUUUUUAAAAAUUAUUAUGUCCAUUUUUGACCCUUUAGGUUUCCUGUCACCCUUUACAAUUAAGUCAAAAAUUCUCAUGCAAGAAGUUUGGAUAAGUGGAAUAAGUUGGGAUGCACCCUUGCGUAAAGAGGAAAAAGAAAUUUGGAACUCGUGGUUAACAGAAUUAAUGCAAAUAAACACUUGUUCAGUACCGCGAUGUUACACAAAUUCAAACAAAAAUUUAAAACGAUGCGAACUACAUGUGUUUUGCGAUGCGGGAAAAAGGGCGUACGCAGCUGUAGCUUAUUGGAGAUUGGAAUUGCAAGAAGGAAUUUAUACAAAUAUAAUCGCUAGCAAAAGUAGGGUAGCUCCUGUAAAACCACUUUCAAUUCCUAGGCUCGAGCUCCAAGCUGCGUUAUUAGGUAGUCGACUUGCUCAAACAAUAGAAAAGGAGCAUAAUUUUAAAAUUGAUGAACGAAUCAUGUGGUCAGAUUCGCGUACAGUAAUAUUAUGGGUAAAAUCGAAUCCUAGAUUUUACAAUACGUUUGUGGCCCAUAGAUUAGGGGAAAUUUCUGAAUUAACCUCACCUUCUGAAUGGAGAUGGGUUCCUACAAAUGAAAACCCUGCUGAUGAUGCGACUAAGUAUACCAACACCCCUUUAAAUUCUAAUCAACGAUGGUUCUUUGGACCAUCUUUUUUGAAAAAAGAAAAACUUGAAUGGCCUGAUCAAGCCGUUGUAAACACGGACGAUAUUAUUAAUUCAGUGAAUUGCAAAAAGAAAAAUUGUCAGUUUACAGCAAUAGUUAGACACAAUAAUACAUGUAUUCCUGAUGCUCUACGAUUUUCGUCUUAUAAAAGGUUAUUAGGUAGUACUGCGCAGAUAUUGUUAGCUAUAGAUAAAAUGAAAGGUCACAAAAAUCAAACAUUGUCUCUGCAACAUUUACAAAUGGCAGAAAAGUUGAUAUUAAAAGAAUCGCAAAAUCUAAGUUUUUCAGACGAAAUUCGUGACAUUCAACGCUGA